AUGGAGAAGUUGAAGUCAGACUGCGAGGACAUCACACAUGCCAGCUUCAAUGCAAAGACAAACGAAUGUGAAUGCGGCCCAGAUUUCCUGUUUGAGGGAAGCAUCACAAUGGGUCCGAAUGGCCUUGAAGGAAGCUGUGCUGCCAAGGAACUUGUGUGCUUUCACCAAGUUGGAGAGUCUUGUUACGCUCCAGAUGACAUGGAUGAAUGCACCAGUAUCGCAUUCACCAAGAGCAUCUCAGACACCCGAGAUACGGAGUUCUGUUUGGGCUCAGAGCAGGCAGUCUCCGGAGGGAUAAAAAUCAUAGGAGUAGAUGCAUCCGUGUCGUUGUCGCAGGAGUUCUGCAGCGGAAGCGGAAGGGAGGGCACGACGGGGGAAGAGGUCUCGUUCGUCAUCCCGGGCAUUGCCGGGGAAUCGAGAGUAGGCUGUGCGUGGGGAAGGGAGCUGACCGCCGAGUGGAGACAGACGAGUGAGAGCAUGAAGUUGGUCAAAUAUGAGGGCUACUACAUUGAAAAGGGAAGAACGUGUCCAAAGCCGACAUGUAAGUAUUCACCCAAAGAUGCAGCUGACGACUGGCGAGAGCAAGUGGUCGACUGCAACUUCUUCGGGACAUGCGAAGUCGAUGCUGCCUUUGCGGUUGCUUUCCCUCUGCUCACACUUGGCAUAGAACUGGCUAGGGUCGGUGUCUAUAUAAUGUGA